GACACGCAGAGGGGUCGCUACAGUCUGGGAAUUCCGUUCUCCCAAUCGCACGCACACACACCGCCAUGUUGGUCUUAACUGCAGGUUUGAAAAUCAGUGUCUGAGUGUAUUCCUCUUAUCUCAGUAGAGCUACCCCUCUCUUGGCAGCUGCUAUCAUUUACACGGGCUCUAUGAAAAUAAACGGAACCACUGAUAGAAGGGGGGCUGCCGCAGUGACUAAAUACCUGAGGAGUGUAAAGGGAGAUUGUCCUGAAAAAAACCAUAACAGAACGCGACAGACCUUCCUCCAGCAUGUCCACUAAGGACGGACUGCUCCCCAGCACUGAUCGUGUGAUAAAAUCUGUCCCCUUUCCGCCCACUCAUCGGCUGACAGCUGAGGAAGUGUUUGAAAAUGGUAAGCCACGGGUGGAGGUUCUGAAAAACCACCUCAUAAAGGAGGGACGACUGGAAGAAGAAAUAGCCCUUCGGAUUAUUAACGAAGGAGCUGAGAUACUUCGCAGAGAGAAAACUAUGCUAGAUGUGCAAGCACCAAUUACAGUGUGUGGCGAUAUUCAUGGGCAGUUCUUUGACCUGAUGAAGCUCUUUGAAGUGGGAGGAUCCCCAGCCAACACUAGAUACCUCUUCCUUGGUGACUAUGUGGACAGAGGCUACUUCAGUAUAGAGUGUGUUCUGUAUUUGUGGGCACUGAAAAUUCUAUACCCUACCACAUUGUUCCUAUUAAGAGGCAAUCAUGAAUGCAGACACCUCACAGAGUAUUUCACUUUUAAACAGGAAUGUAAAAUCAAAUAUUCCGAAAGAGUGUAUGAUGCUUGCAUGGAAGCCUUCGACUGCCUACCACUCGCCGCACUUUUAAAUCAGCAGUUUCUGUGUGUUCACGGAGGCCUUUCUCCGGAAAUCCAAACUUUAGAUGACAUUAGAAGAUUAGAUAGGUUCAAAGAGCCACCUGCAUUUGGGCCAAUGUGUGACCUGCUGUGGUCAGACCCUUCUGAAGACUUUGGGAACGAGCAGUCACAAGAGCACUUUAGCCACAACACUGUCCGUGGAUGCUCGUACUUCUAUAGCUACCCUGCAGUGUGUGAAUUUUUGCAAGCAAACAAUUUGCUAUCAAUAAUUAGAGCACACGAAGCUCAGGAUGCAGGGUAUAGAAUGUACAGAAAAAGUCAAACAACAGGUUUUCCAUCACUAAUUACGAUUUUUUCAGCACCUAACUAUUUAGAUGUGUACAAUAAUAAAGCUGCUGUAUUAAAAUAUGAAAGUAACGUGAUGAAUAUCCGGCAGUUCAACUGUUCACCACAUCCAUACUGGCUGCCUAAUUUCAUGGAUGUUUUCACGUGGUCUUUGCCAUUUGUUGGUGAAAAAGUUACAGAGAUGCUGGUGAAUGUGCUCAACAUUUGCUCCGAUGAUGAAUUAAUGACAGAGGGUGAAGAUCAGUUGGACGAGCGACUCAUUUAUGGCAGUAGAAAAGUAGGUAAAGCUGCAGCCCGAAAAGAGAUCAUCAGAAAUAAGAUCCGAGCAAUAGGCAAGAUGGCCCGGGUAUUCUCUGUGCUCAGGGAGGAAAGUGAGAGUGUGCUGACACUGAAAGGGUUAACUCCGACUGGGAUGCUGCCAAGCGGGGUUCUGGCGGGAGGACGGCAGACUCUGCAGAGCGCCACGGUUGAGGCAAUAGAGGCUGAUGAAGCGAUCCGAGGAUUUUCGCCGCAACAUAAAAUCUGCAGCUUUGAAGAGGCGAAAGGCUUAGACAGGAUCAACGAGAGAAUGCCCCCUCGGAGAGAUGCCCUCCAGCAAGAUGGUAUUCAUACAAUAAGCCCUUCGAAUGCCAUUGAAAACAAUGGGACUGACAACAAUAAUGUGCAGUGACUACACCAAGUCCUCUUUUGCACACUUCAUGUCUGAAUUUAUAUAUUAUUUAGGUAUCUGCUUCUACAGAGCUUUAGCUCAAGAGACAAGGAAUUAACAAGCAUUGUUGACUGAUAUGUGCAACAUGCAGAAUAUGUAAUAAAGUUAAACCAACAUUCAACUACAAAACCAGCCAGUGUAAGGAUAGGGGGGGUGGAUAUUUGUGAGCAUGAUGGACUGUUUCAGUGGAUCAGAUGGGCAGUGGGUGAGUCUGGCUUUCAUUGAUGCAAUCCUAACGGACAAAAAGUGGGGUAGGUAAUUUAACAAAAUUUCAAAUACAACCCUAGUUGCUAAGUGCUUAACCUUUAUUUAUUGUUGUUUUUCGUCUUUAAAAGGAAAAUUGAAAUGUUCAGAUGGAAUGAUCUUUAAAUCAUUCUGAAGCUAUAGAUGUGUUUUAGAUAUUUAUACAAAAUGCCAAAAAAAAUCAAAUUCAGCUGUUAAAAUGUGCAACAUGCUGACCUCAGGUGUAUUCCUCCUAGGCACUAAUUAUGUAUUAUAAUUUUUUUGAGUUGAAAUAUUUUCUAAAGGAAUAUUUAUUACUUGAAAUUGCAAUUAUGUAUAAAGUGAUAAAUCCCCUUCUAAUGUAAAAGAUUAUGACUAUAUUAGAAAUAUUAAUCUAAAGACCUCUAAUUACAAUAUGUAUGGCCUAUUUCAGUUUAAAAAAUAGUCCAGUGUUUUUGCAUUACAAAUUUGUGUUCAUAUCAAGUCUGUGAACCUUGACUGUAAUUUGUGUAUGCAUGUUUUAAUUUGCAUAGACUUAUGUACAGUAAACAUAAGCCAAUGGAUAACCAUGUAGAAAUAUCUAUAGGCUUUGAUGCUGUACAAUUUAUUUACUAUUAAUAUAUUUAAACUGCUUAAAAUGUUAAUAUUAUUUGGGGUGAUUUUUUUCCCAAUUAACAGUUACAAAGUUGAAAAAUGCCAUUACAUUUUCACAAAAUCCAAACACUUAUUAUCCCUUCUACAAAUGUUUCUUUCCAGUGGAACCUAAGAAUUUACUUUAAAAAAGCCUUGAGAGGUGAAUGACUGGGCAAUUACAGUAGUAGCAAAAUGUUCUGAACUCUGUUGUAUUUUCCCAUUGUUUCUUUUGUUUUACAUGUAAAAUUGGAUCUGUUAUUCAUCCCCUGAAAAAUAAUUUAAAUCAUUUUAUAUUCUUCCAGAACCAUCUCUUAUUUGCGCUGAUGCACAACAUGUACAUAGUGUCUAAAGCAAGCAUGCAUGUUAUGUUCUCCUUGAUUAUUUUAUAAAAAAACAAGUACAUAAUAAAUUAUCUGUGUGACCAGCUGCUCUUAA